AUGCCAACCUUAAAGAACGCGAGUCCGCCCAAACAUCUAUCGCCUCCUACUUCUGCUUCAUUCUCGCACUCGAAGAUGCAGAACGCAACCAAGACGAACCCCUACGACUCCUAUGUCUCGACUAACGGCAACCAGGUUCUUUUCAUGAACGCAAAGAGAGCACAGGUCAACGAUUCCGUGAUGAAGACUGUCGACACUGCACCGCCAGGCGCUGCUCCGAAGGGUUCCAGUUUCCAGUUCGGACAUGGUGCGGAGGGCAUGAUCGUCGAUAAUACGGUAGUCGCCGCAUAUACAGGCAAUGGAACAGGGGUCGAUAUCACAAAGUUUCUACUUGAUACACCCCUUUUACCGCGCGCGGUUGCUGCCACCGCCCGAGGUGCUGGCCAAAGUUCAGAUCCAACGUCUCAAUCGCUGUCUCAUGGAGCAGCCUACCAGCGAGAAUCGUCCUCACCGGAUACCACAACUCCUGGAGCCGGAACACCCGGAGGAGGCAUCAAGAUCGGCAACGGGUCGACCGACCUAAUCUUCGAAAAUUGCGUCUUCCGCACCUACACCGGAAGUGAUCAAGCUCUGAAUGUCCAAGCGUUCUUGACCCAACCGCCUGUCUUGCCUCGUCGUUCUGUCCGUGAACAAGCCGAAUGCGCGCACAAGACGGUUUCAGGGUUGCCUAGAGACUAUUGA